GGUGUCAAAACUCACUGCCUCGCGUUCGCAUGGAUAUCGUUUUGCGCCACGGUGCGUAAUUUUGGAUGGGCACUAUUCAUCUUCAAGCAUAAAAGCCGAGCGUGUUGAUCUGUGAAGGGCAUUCUUCAUCUUCGUCUUCUUCAUCUUCCUCAUCUUCUUUAUCUUUUUGUUCUUUUUCUUCAUGGCUGGCUCCAUCUUACCAAGCACUUUGCUUUUCUUGACUCUUCUUGUCACAUCGGCUCAGGCAGCCACCAAUGUUUUAAUAUGUCCUUCUAAUCCUUACCAAGACCCGCGUAAUGACCCAUGCAAUGGCCUUGGAUAUAUCGCUGACAAUACACUCACCGCUGUCGCCUUUGUUUAUGUGCUGUUGGUCGUUCUCAUUCAGACUUAUCAAGUAAUUUUUAACGGCGCGAGGUGGAUGUUGUCCAUGGUCAUCGGGGAAUACAUUUAUGCUCUCGGCUUUGCAUUUCGCUUCGCUUUGCAUCAUAAUCCUGAUUCGUUGAAGAUUUUCAUAUCUGAGGACUUGAUGAUCGUAUUGUCGCCCUGCUUCUUCAUUGCCGCGAAUUACACUCUUCUUGGCCGCCUUGCCAGGGAAAUCGACUGCGCUCAUCACAUCUUGCUUCCAGUGAGGUGGCUCACCCUCAUUUUCGUCAUGUCCGACUUUACUACCUUUGUUAUCCAGGCGAUAGGAGCCUCAAUGACUACGUCCACUGCUCAAGACUCUGCUUUGUUGGGACUCCACGUUUUUUUGGUCGGCCUCAUUAUGCAACUGGUCUCCUUCGUUUUCUUUUGUAUCAUUUACGCACGAUUCAUCUACAAGGUCUACUCCGAGGAGCAGGAUGUCUGCGCACGAGACUCAAAGAAACACUGGAACAACGACUGGCGAACACUCGCUGCCGCCUUGGCGGUCAGUUGUGUCGGACUUUUGAUUCGUUCUUUCUACCGGGUUGUGGAGGCUAGUCAGGGCUUCCGCGGCAAUCUCAGCACAAGCGAGGCAUCCUUCUACCUGGGUGACACGAUUCCCAUUUGUUUGGCUAUCGUCGUAUACGUUCCAUUCUGGCCCGGAAGGUUCAUCCAAAACAAGCCAGCGCAUCCCUACGUCAAAGAACAGAAGGAGUUCAAGUUAUCCGUUUCUAGCUCUACUCUGGUAUAAACCAUGAGGUAGCCACCACCACGCUCGUU